UGACAAGUCGUCUACCAGGUGAUAACGAUAACGCUCUCAUCUCGUCUUUGGCCUCUCAGAGACAGCAGUAGACGAGUCUAGCCGGCCGACCUGUACAAGAUCUCAACCUUGGUCUCGAAAGACCGAGUGACGCUUGGACCUUAGCUUCCUGCCUGGUAUAUCCCGACCUCCAGAGGCUCAACAGAUCUACCUCCUCUGAGCCCUCACUCCCACAAGACCACCUCUACUACCAUCACAACAAGCUCUUCGUCACACGCGACACAGUCAAUAUGACCAGCAACGGAAAUGUGGAUCUGCAGGAGAGGAUCGCUGCUGCGAGGAGAGAAGCUGAUCAGCUGAAAGACCAAAUCCGGUCGAGGAAAGAGAAGUUGGCUGAUACUACACUGAGAACAAUGGCUGCCGAGAUCGACCCUCUACCACGCAUUGUGAUUAAGCCGCGACGGACACUAAAGGGUCAUCUGGCCAAGAUCUAUGCCAUGCAAUGGUCCAAUGACAAGAGGCAUAUCGUCUCUGCCUCACAAGAUGGAAAGCUCAUCGUGUGGGAUGCAUACACAACCAACAAGGUGCAUGCCAUUCCGCUGCGUUCCUCUUGGGUCAUGACCUGCGCCUACUCCCCUUCGGGCAACUGGGUGGCAUGUGGUGGUCUGGACAACAUCUGCAGCAUCUACAACCUGCGUUCUAGGGAGGGAGGUGCCAAGGUGGCUAGGGAACUUAGCGCGCACACGGGCUACCUCUCGUGUUGUCGCUUCCUCAAUGAUCGACAGAUUAUCACCUCGUCGGGUGAUAUGACGUGUAUGCUGUGGGAUAUCGAUGCAGGUGUGCGAACAAUGGAGUUCAAUGAUCACACUGGAGAUGUGAUGAGCAUCUCGCUGGGCCCCAACCCCAACACUUUCAUCUCCGGAGCUUGCGACACCAUGGCCAAGGUCUGGGACAUCAGGACAGGCAAGGCAGUGCAGACUUUUGCAGGCCACGACAGCGACAUCAAUGCUGUGUCCUUCUUCCCCAAUGGCGACGCCUUUGCAACUGGUUCAGACGAUGCUUCCUGCCGUCUCUUUGACCUGCGAGCCGACCGGGAGCUAAAUCAGUACACCCACGAUAACAUCCUCUGCGGUAUCACCUCUGUAGCCUUUUCUCACUCUGGCCGAUUGCUCUUUGCUGGCUACGACGAUUACCACUGCAACGUCUGGGACACCCUCAAGGGCGAGCGGGUGGGUGUGCUUGCUGCUCACGAGAACAGGGUGAGCUGUCUGGGUGUUAGUGCGGACGGGAUGGCCCUCUGCACUGGAUCUUGGGAUGCCAAGCUCCUCGUCUGGGCCUAGGUGCAGGGCGUUCGCAGCUUGCAAGAAGAAGCGGAGGACCGCUGCACAAUCGAUCGUGCGAAGCGGCAGACAUGAAGUCUAGGAUGACUCUUUUGCAGAAGCGGUACAAUGAAGUCGUAAAGAAGAAGGUGGAAGCGCGCAAGUCGAUCAG